UUCCUUGCCCCAGAUCCCUCCUGUUCCCAUACUACUCAACCCCACGAUACAAAAAGCAACUCAAAACCAGCACACACCAAAAACCCUUUUCUCCUCUUCAUCUCCAUCUUCAAUGGUGCUUGAAAUGGAUUCUUCAACAAAACCAUCACCAGCACCACAACCACAAAUCUCAGAAAUGUUCAGUAAAUUCGCUCUUGCUCUCAAAACAAAAACAGUUGAAUUCUUCGCUGAAGACGAAGAAUACGAAGAAGAAUCAGAUUAUGAAGGAGUUAUUCCAUUAUUAGACUCACCAGAAGAGGUAAUCACAGGUCAAAGAGUUGUUGUGAUCAAACCAGACGUUAUUCCAAUUCCGAAACAUAUUCAACAGAAUUGUUUAUCAUCAUUGUUUGCUACAAUCUCAUCAUUUGAAGCAUCUUAUCUCCAAUUACAAACAGCUCAUUCACCAUUUGAUUCGGGUAAUAUCAAGACUGCUGAUAAAUCUGUAGUUUCUCAUUUACAGAAAUGUUCUGAAAUUAAACAUAAUUAUAGAGAUUAUGUUAAGAGUUCUAGGUUAACUCCUCCUAAACUUCCUUUUGGAUCUCAAUAUGAAGCUCAAGUUAAUGAGAAUCAGAGUAUUUUGAGGACUUUAGGUUUGCUUGUUGAUAGAUUGCAAUGUGAAAUAGAUCUUAAGGAUGGUCAAGUUAGCAAUAUGAAGCAAAAGUUGGAUCAGAUUGAGAAAGAGAAUUCGUUAAUGAAAGUGAAAUCGUUGUCUGGUGGUGGUGAGGUUUUGUUAUCGAUUAGUCUGUUUGAUUCGGUUUUACGCGGUGCUUGUAAAUCAACUCAUAGGUUUUGUAAACAUUUGAUUGAUUUGAUGGAGAAAGUAGGAUGGGAUUUGAAAUUGGCUGCCAAUUCUGUGUAUCCUAAUGUUGACUAUGUCAAAAAUGGUCAUACUCGAUAUGCAUUUCUUUCGUAUGUUUUCUUAGAGAUGUUUAGAGGUUUUGAUUCAGAAGGGUUUGGUAUUCAAGGAGGGAGUCAUGAUUCCAAUGGAGGUGGUGGAGGUAACAAAUUCUACUUGAGGCAAUAUGUCGAACAUGGAAAGGUAGAUGCAAUGGAGAUGUUGAGGAAGAAUCCGAAUUGCAGUUUUGCAAAAUUUUGUGAAAACAAGUAUCAACAGCUUAUACAUCCUACAAUGGAAUCAUCACUUUUUAAAAACAUGGAUCAGAAUGAGUUCAUAUUGAAUUCGUGGAAAUCGUCUGCUUCGUUUUAUGAGUCAUUCAUUGACAUGGCUAACUUGAUAUGGAUGCUUCAUAAAUUGGCGUUUUCGUUCGAUCCAGUUGUUGAGAUUUUUCAGGUGGAGCAAGGGGUUGACUUCUCCAUGGUUUACAUGGAAAAUAUUAUGAAGAAGACCGUCUCGACUGGUAAAACAAAGGGGAAGGUGGGGUUCACUGUAAUUCCCGGGUUCAAGAUUGGGUGUACGGUAAUUCAAUGUCAGGUGUAUCUAACCUGAAACGACAUUUGAGAAAAGAAGAAUUUCAUGUAAUUGUGUAAAGCAGUGAUAAUUUAAAAGAGAUAAUUAUUCAUUCUGCAUCAACUGGCUAGUUCCUGGUGUUUGCUCAUGGGGUUUGUGGGUUCAUGUGUAGAACGUUUUUGUGGUCUGUAAUGCGUUAUAAUCAGAAUCUGAUGGAGCUCAGGACAGGUUUUCAUGUUCCAAGGAUGGCAACAUUGUUUUGAUGCUAAUAUACAAACAACAUCUGUAAGAUAUACACACCUUUAAUUUCUCAAGCUCUUCCGUCAGACUGUAUCACAAAACUGGUGCUCUUUACAGGUGACGUUAUUCAUUUCCACAUUGUCAUCUUUUUUGUGGUUUGUGUUUCUGCAUGCAUCCCAUACAGAAACAAUGUGAAUAAAAUGGCGUUUCUAUUGUUUUUUCCUAAUGCAAUAUACUAGUGCACUUAAUCUUUAUCUAUUACUUCUGUAGUUACUAAUCUAAUUGUGAAUUUAACUGC